ACUUUGAUUCGUUACUACAAAUGACUUCUUACAUUAUUAACGGAGACAUUAUAAUCUUGCAAAUGACUUUGAUUCGUUACUACAAAUGCCUUCUUACAUUUUUUUCCGCAAUGUUAUGAUUACCUAUAAGGAUGAAAUGUAAUAAUAUAUGAUUAAAUUUAAACAUACAAAAAUGAGAGGGAUAAAUGAUUGAUUUCUUCGGCUCACCAUUACGCAUUUAGUGAAGAGAGGCUGUCAUGCUGUAAAGCGUUGAAUAGAAACACAUUCAAUGGAACAAAUUGAUUCCGUAAAACAAAAUAUCACUGAUGAUAAAAAAGAAGCCGUUAAAAAAGGAGAUUAAGCAUCGAAACAACGCGAAGAAAGGCUCGAGAAAAUAUAGCCGUUGGAGACAGGAGGCAAAAGCAGUAAAAAGAAAAAGAAAAAAAAUAGUAAUUCAAAAUAUGACCGUUGUGAUAUUAGUAUAUAUAUACUCGUCCCUUGUCCCUUAUUUUUAUUCAGAUUACAAAAUACAUUCCCUCUGAAAAAAGGAACCAAGAAAGUUCCACUUCUCACUCUCUCACUCUCACUCUCUCACUCUCACUCUUUCAUAGCUAGCUCUUUGAUUCGAUCUGAUAAUAUAUCAUGGAAGGAACAACUGCGAUGGUUGACCAGACGUACGAGUUCUUGGCUAAUGCGAUGGUUCGAUGGAAGACGUACAACCGCUGCUCCGUUGAUCUCACAGCAGUUCCAAGGGACAAAACAAAACGCCUAAGCAGAUAGAAAACAAGGACUGAAACUGUUUCCCCCUCCUAACACAGAAGCAGCAACCUGCUAGAAAAGUAGCUAGCCCUUCUAAGGAAUCCAUCUGCACUGAGGGUAAAACCAGUCACAUUCGUCUCAACCGAAAGGAACUAAUCAGAAAAUUGUGAAAAAGGUUUAUGUCCGUGAGCAAGAGCACGCGAGACUUGUCACUGCCUCAUGCCAACACUUGUCUUCCACAGUGCAGGGGACAUAGGUUUACGGAUCAGGAAGUUGACCCAGAUGAUUGUGUUGCGGUGAAGGAUUGGUGGUUCAACACUGGAUUCCACUCAGCAAGUGAUAGUCUAUCUACACAUUCCACUCAGCAAAUGAUAGUCUAUCUACACAGCUAUGGAGCAAUAUGAAGAGACCAUUGAAAAAUCUUGAGGUUGCUCACUUGCUCAUCAGAAAGUAAAAACGGCGAUGCAAAAGGCGAUUCAGUGAUCUAGGGUUUCGAUGCUUCAAAGGGAUUGGGAUCCGGGGAUUGGAGAGGUAUUAUCGGAUCAUUGGGAUUCAGAGAGUCGAUUUGGAGAUGGGAUUCUCCAUGAUCGGAAUGUUGCAGAUGGAAGAUUGGAUUUUCCUUCUGAUUUUAGAACGGCUGGCUUGAUCGAGGGUGAAACAAUGAUUGAGAUUUGGAUCUGGCGAAAACAAGGAAGUAUGAAGUUUGGGUCCUUGAUUUUUAUUUCGAUCAUCUUUAAGACGAAAUUGAAUCAAGGAAGAGGUAUAUCCUUUCUUUCCUUUCGCUGGUUUUUUCAGAGAUGUGGAGAUAUGGAGAAAUUCUGCAAAGGGUUUCAUAUGGAAAGUUCGAUGAUAUUUGUACAAGACAAGCGGGAUUACCGAAUAAGUUUGUGGUUAAUGGGAUUAUUAUGGGCAUUUGAUUUUGUUAUCACGAAUCAAAUCAGAAUUAGGGAAAUUAAGGAAAUUAUUGGGAUUUUGGUUCAGUAUAAAUGGACGAAAGGGUUCUUUCCUUGGAUCAUAGACCUUGCAACUUUCUCUCUUGCAAUUGAUAAAGUUCACAGCUUUAUUUUUCUUCUUUUCGCUAUGUCACAGAGUCAACUUUUGGGAAAUGGGGGGGAGGUGAAGAACGGAGAAGGAGUUCGCAAACGUCUGAAGAUAUCAGUGGCCCACUUUGAUAAUUCGGCUCUCAUCAAGAACUUUUCCAAGACCCUUCUCGGGAGAUGUAUGAAUCCGGAGAAGCAGGAGAUGCCGGCUCUAAUUUCGAAUCUCCCGAAGAUAUGGAAACUGGAAGAGAGGGUUGUUGGUACGGAUUUGGGGUUUGGGAAGUUCCAGUUUGAUUUCGAAACGGUGGAAGAUAUGGAAGGGGUUCUCAAGAAUCAACCUUUUCAUUUUGAUUACUGGAUGUUGGCUUUGGCGCGGUGGCAACCAAAAAAGUCCCUGCUCUAUCCAUCGGAAAUACCUUUUUGGGUUCGAAUCAUUGGAGUCCCGGUGGAGUUCAAAACGGAAGCCACUUUUGAGAGCAUUGGAGACGCCAUAGGAAGAACGGUGACCGUAGAUUUGGAUCACUCUCGAGUGCAAGUGGUGGUUGAUGCGUUUAAAGAAUUGUGCUUUGAAACCACGAUAGAUUUCAAUGGUGGGGAGUUCUAUGAUGGUGAGGAAGCUCCGGUAUCACUGCGGUAUGAGAAGCUGUUUGGAUAUUGUCAAGUGUGCGGGAGUCUUUGCCACAAGGACGACGUCUGUCCCCUAGAUGUGAAGAACACUAAGAAGAGUCCAGAAAAGAAACGUGAGGGAAGAGAAGGUAAUGGGGUUUGGCAUGAUGGAGCGAAGUACGAUGAUCGUGCAAGGAGUUAUAAAGGUGUAGUCAUUAAUGGAAAUGCGAAUCAACAGCAAAAAGAAAGAGAGGGCCGUGAGUAUUAUGGCAAAGGUAAAGGCAAAAUGGGGGAAGAAACCGAUUCAAAAUGGAUGAAGGUGCCAGAGAGAGGAAAUAAGAGAGCCAACAACAACCGUGGAACUUAUAGAGGAGAUGGGGAGGCUUCUCGAUACAGACCUGCCAGGCGAGAGGACUCAAGGUCUGGUGUUCAGAGUGGGCAUCUUCGACACUCUUCAGAACAGACUAAGCAACCGUUUCAACAAGAGGUUCGUGAGGAAGUUCGAGAGGAGGGUGAGAUUAGGUCCGUUGCGGAGGCUCGCAUAAUGCCACCCUCUCAGGCGUUUCAAGUGGAACUGGCCAAUACUCAGGCUGAGGGAACAACAGUCAUCUCGGAUCCUACUGACGUGGACCGUGGAUUGGCAGAGGUACAUGGUAUGCAGGAGGAUCAAGUUGACUUAGAAGAUGAGGAUGUGAUGGACAUGGAUGAGAUUAAGGCUCAUCUACUUGAGAAUGGGAUUGAUAUGGAUGCAGAGGAUUUUUUAGAAGAGACAGCAGAGGAAGAAACUGAGGAAGUGAUCAAGGAACAGGCAGAAGAUAACAAUGCUCAUGUUACAGAUGGGGGGACUGUGGAAGAGGAGCAAGGCCCGGUUGCUGGAAAUGCGGAGAAGAAACCAGGACUACGUAAGAGGCUGUUCAAGGCAUCGACCGGUACUGCGGGUAGUAGUAAAUUGAGAGCAUUUAAUGCGCUUGCGUCCCCACGCAAGCGAGCUGCAGCGAAGCCAGGAGUGCGUCCGGGAGAUACCAUCAAGCAAGCGGAGAGUAAGGGUGCUUCAAACCUGAAACUUGGGACACAGAAGAUUUGAUUUAUGGUUAGUAGAUGUUCUAAAGGUUUCUCAAGCAGGCUGGGCUUGUCUUAUGUUUUACUUUGUUUUCUGGUUUUAAUAAGCUCUAUGAGCAAGUGCGUUUUCUCUGUUUCGAAGUGUUGUAAGAGACUGGUUUUAUUUGUGGUUUCCUUGGGGGAGAAGCAACGAUUUAAUACAACAGUCUUUUGUUAUUGGCUUUGUAAUCGUAUUGGCUAUUUUGAUGGAUAUUGGAUUA